CUACCUUCCAAGUACUAGCUUCAUCUUCACGUUCAGUUCUACCUCGUUAAGUUCCAGAGGCGUACUUUAAGAGAGGUACGUCCUGGUUCGUCUUUAAAAAGCCGCACGUUUCCCGUGCGGUUCAACGUUUAAUUUUAGCAAUACAGUUGAAAUUUUUAUAAAAGAUAAGAUGGAAUGUUGAAAUACCGUUGUUAACCGAGGCAGAGGCGUUUAUAGCAUUAUUUGAUCAGACCCCAAGUACCUAUUGGUACCCAAAGGCGAAGGUAUGUCUCGUGCGGCGAGUAAUCUCAGCACCGGCGAGAAAUUGCUCUCCAUCAUCGAUGACAUAUCAUUAAUAUCGAAGGAGAUAAUUGAAAACGCAAUAGCAAUGAAGCACCAGAAGCUAUGUGGUGCGGAACAGCUACAUUUGACAGAGCUGUUGAUCGUUAAGGACAACGAGCUGAAAGAUACCUUGAAACUAGCUUCCGAGCAGGCCAAAAUAAAUCAGAAAAUGGAUCUGCUGCGAGCAGAGGUCGAUAAAUUGGAUCAGGACAUUCAACAGCUACAGAGGCAGUUAAAAGAAGCAGAACAAAUUUUGGCUACAGCCAUUUACCAAGCAAAACAAAAGCUUCAAUCAAUCAACAGGGCCAACAAGAGGCCAGUGUCAUCAGAAGAUCUUAUAAAAUUUGCCCAUAGAAUAAGUGGGUCAAAUUCUGUGUGUGCUCCUCUAACAUGGCAGCCGGGUGAUCCUAGGCGACCCUACCCAACUGAUAUAGAAAUGAGGGUUGGAUUUCUUGGCAGGCUAAGCGACAUGCCUCUCAACGGCCAUAUGCUGCAACAGCAACAGGCUAAUGCUUUAGGAGGAGACAUGCAUCGUCCAGGUAUUAAUCCAGAACCUCCUGCUUCGCAGCAAAACCAAUUUGCAUGGCAUUCUUCUGGUGAAAUUCACAUGUCUGUUGGUCAAGGCAGUGUCCCCAUGGAUACGCGAAAUCAUGCGAAGGACAAUGAAGACGUUGAAGUUAUGUCAAGUGACUCAAGCAGUAGCUCUUCGAGCGAUUCUCAGUGAAGUUUUAACUUUGGGCAUCGAAUAUGCAUUGUGUAAAUAUGACUGUCAAUAAAUAAGUUUUUAUUAAUAUUUUA